AUGUCUCCUCCCAUCAUACGGCGAAGCUUGUCCGUCAAUGUUCUUGUAAAAGAAGGAUUGCUGGACGAAGCCAUAGAUGAAAUGGAAGACUGCCUACAAGAAGAAGAUGCGGUUUUUAAUUCUGAGAACAGCUGCAUCAGCGAUGAAGCGCUGGACACACUUUGCAAUUCCAUCAAAGAGCGAGAGGACACUCAGAGACAGAUGCAACGAUUCCGUACUUUGCAACGAGUGCUGACAGCUUAUCAUCGACGGAGCACGAAAACUCUAGAAGAAUUGUUACAUACUCCACUCUAUGUGGAUGGAGUUGAAGAAUCUACCGAACACGAGCCAGCCAUCGAUCUCAGUGAUAAAAUUAUCGCCCAAGUUCCUGAAUUUUUGUCUGAGGAAAAAUAA